AUGGCGUCCAAAUCAUCGCUAACCUACAAAAGAAUACGACCAACACAACAACCAUAUUUCAGGUUUUUUCAGUCGGGAAACAACAAGAUCCAAGAGGAAUCAGUUACCUCUAGACGGUUGGAAUCCUUGCGCUAUUUUCAUUCAAGCCAAGAUAAUACAAAUGGCUCCUUGGGACCUCGGCAAACGUUUUCUACUGGAACCCGAUGGCAUUCCUCCAAUCAUCGCAACAGACGAGGCAACAAUCGACGAAACAAUCAUAGACAAGAACCAUCAUCUUCUCGUGCCGCUGAUCGUUUUCAGAAUCAUAACCGACGAGACAGCAAACCUUCUCCUGCCACACUAUUAAUGGACCAAUGGGAAACUUCUUCUUCUUCUUCGUCUGGCCACCAAUCAUCAAGCUACAAUGCCAAUGUCCAACGCAAACGAUUCGAAGAACGACAGGUAGCCUUGUGUCAGGCCAUUGUCCAAUAUCGCAAUCAAUGGUUCGAACCAGACGAUUCCAAUAUUGCUACCGAAUGGAAACAUGCCGUUCAAUUUCAACAUCCCACUGGAGCUGCAGGACCAGUCACAAAGCAAAAGUUGUUGGAAACCGAAGAAUUAUUUGGUCAGAUUUGUACCCUCUGUCAUGAUUUCUUUGUCACGACGGCACUAUUGGCCGAAUCGGAAUUGACUUUAAGUUCCACAAAUGAUCUGGACACAAAGCAAAAAACACAAUUGCAGCGUCAAUUGCAACAACAACAGGAUGCCAUUGAUAUACUGACUACUGUCUUGCCCUUUUGGGAAACCAUGAGAAAGGAUCGCGCCAUUUUGGUUCAACAAGUCUUGAAACAAGAGCCAGCACCAGCAUUGACGGAAACGAAUAAAGAGCUAUUAUUGAAUGAUAAUCCAAAGGGUACUGGGAUGAAGGAUAGAGAUGAUGAUAAAAAGUCGGUGCCGCCUCCUCCAGAAAAGCAAGAAGAAGGAGGAGGGAAGAAUUGGGUGGCUUGGAUCAAGUCCAUGGUCGUGGGAGAUGGUGGUUCCAACGAUCCUUCCAUGGUCCCCGUCCCCUCUCCUUCUACUCCAAUGGCAAAGAAAUUGGAAGUUUCUUCCUUGUCGGCUCAUGAUGAUGUCCAAUUCGCCCCAAACCAUUACCACUACAACAAAUUGGUGGGUCGAUUGUACUUUUCAUAUCCACCAUUGGUGGCAUUCCAAGCAUUUCAAGACGAGGACGAUGAUUUGGGACAGGACCUGAUGGAUGUGGUGGACGAAGAAGAUGAAAAUGAUGAUGACGAUGAUCUAGACAUGGAUCGACGACAAACUCGCAAAAUAUCCAAACCGCAGUCACUACCGGAUGAAGAUGCCAAACUGGUCGCCAUUCUAGAGCAACGAGCCAGCCAAAUCCAACGCAUCUUUGAUCAAGUUCCCAAUACAGUGCCAGCGGGCAUGGGUGGAUCUACGGUCCGAUCGCCAGUCUUGACCGACAAGAUGGUGCGAUUGUUGAUUCGAGCCUAUCAAGAUACCGCCACACUCGAUGCAGCCUAUCAGACAGAACAAGUCUACUACAGGUAUCCUUCCCACCGAAGAGGAUUGCUGUGGUAUGUUCUCAUGAGUUAUUUGCAAGUGACGGAAAAGGAUCCACCGCCUCGCUCUUCGUCGUCUGGUGGGGAGAAUCCCGAUGCCAUGGGCUUUGCCCAACAGUUGCGCAAAUCGCCCAAGAAGUUUUCUCCCAAGUCGGCUUCCCUGGCCACCAAGAGAGUUUGCGAACUUCUUUCCAAACAAGUCCAGCAGUCCAAUAUGAAUCCGAAUGAGCUGCACAGUUGUGCCACUAUUGGAUUCCAAUGUUUGGCCAACAUUGCCGUGCCCUCGUUGGAUCGGUACUAUGAUCGCGUCCAUGCCUUGGCCACGCUGAAAUUUGGAGCCAAAACCUGGGAAGCCUUGUUGUCCUCCAAACCAAAUAUUGAAACUCUUCAACAACAAUUGCGUCCCAAGGAUUCGGUUUCCAUUCAGCUCUUGAUUCAAAUCUUUGCCAAGAGCGAUGGGGCCAUGAUGGAUGCGGAAGAUGUGCGCAUGGAGAAGGCCAAGGAUUUGUUGGAUAACAUGUGGAAAUGCUAUUCGAUUUCGGAAUUGCAAGAUUCGAUUGAACGAUCCACCUUUCACUCUUUGUUGGAUGCUUUGAAUAAGCGACGGAAGCGAAAAAAGAAGGCCCAGGACGUGACACCAUUUGUCCGCACCAAAACUGGAGAGACUGUUUUUGACAAUCAUGAGGAUUUUGACUAUGCCUUGACCUUGUUUGACAAGAUGGUUACCCAUGAAGUCUGGUACCCCAAUGAAGAAACCUUUCAUCACCUCUAUCGUCUGGCCGAAUAUGGACCACAAGCCGAUGAAGUCUCGAUCCGAUUGGAACUUUGUCGAGCAAUCCUUCAGGAAUACCCACUCUCUCCAUACCUUGCCUCCAAACAUGCCUUGAGAGCUUGGAGCGAUACAGCCGAGAAACGGCAUUUGGUGUCGGAGGAUAAAAGUCCCACCAAUGACACCUUUGGCGUCGACGACGAAACAGCGGCGGUCGCCAUGGAGCGUGCCUUUCAAAUCUUCCAGCAACUUCAAAUGUACUCGAGCCCAUUGCUCUACCAGAAUGCUCCUCAAAAAAUUUCUCACGUCUACAAUGUCAACGAUGUACCCACCUCCCUGUCGUAUGGAUUGGUCUGGCAGACUUGCUAUUCUGUGGCCCAGAAUGCUUCGGCUGCCACCAAGAAACGCGCUGUGGAAAUUGCCACGGCCAUGUACCGCUUGGCCGAGCAGAAGGAACCUAGAACGGAAUUGCGUCCCAAGUCCCAUCGCAUGUUUCUGCAGUGUCUUUCACUGAGUACCAAUGACCAAGAGCGACUGGAAUUUGCCCAAGAUGUCUUUACCAAGGCCCGUCAGACCAACAAUAGUAGCGGUAGUGGCAGUGGUAAUCGCAGCAGCAGCAGUGGUUCUGCUAGUAUGGAACCCUUGCUCUUGGAAGCCUUGUUGGAUUGUUUGGUCAACCCAACUACAGCCUCGACGACCCAACAACAGCAACAACAACAGCAACAACGCCAAGAACUCAUUGAGCAAGUUUACAACGAAGUGGUGAGUGCUCAUGACAUGCCCGUCAUGAGUGAUCGCUUUUUGACCUUGCUUGGACGAGUCCAUCCCGAAUUGCACAAGCGUCACAUUUCCGAUCAUCAUCAUCAGCAGCAGCAGCAGCAGCAAAAGAAGGAGUAG